AAAGACAAGUAAUACAGCAUAAAGAACCCACAGGCAUUUGGGCUUUCCCACUUCAGUAGCAAAUAGGGGGAAUUAUGGGUUGGUGGUCUGCUUCCCCUUAGGAAGACACUCCUCCAUCUGUUUUCAGUACAGCCUGUUUUCAAUUUAAACACAGAUUUCAAUACAAACCUCAAUUUCUUUACUCCAUUUUAUAUGCAAAGUGGGGCUUAUGAAUCGGUGUCAUUGCCAUAAGGGCUCAGACCAAAUUUCCCCCCAAAACUCACAGGCUAUUCAUUUGAAUACCUGCUUACAGUGGUACACAAUGGGCAGCUUUGAGAAGAAAAAUUGAUAAUCUUCACGGAAGAGUAAUUUGAAUGAAAUUACACUUGACAGCCUGUCUCCAAGCAAACAAGGAGAGUGAGGGAGCCUUAGCUAAGCUCUGAGGACUUGCCUAAGCCUCUGCUGUUGGAGCUUCCCCGGGAAAAAAAAAUCCACACUUUUUCCUACAUCUGACUGAAGCUUUUGAUUAAUUCUCUGUAGCUGUUUCUAGUGAAGAAAGGUAGCCAUGGAAGAGAAUAUGGAAGAGGGACAAACACAGAAAGGAUGCUUCGAGUGUUGCAUCAAAUGCCUGGGAGGCAUUCCCUACGCAUCUCUGAUUGCCACCAUCCUGCUCUAUGCUGGAGUUGCACUCUUCUGUGGCUGUGGACAUGAAGCACUUUCAGGAACCGUCAACAUUCUGCAAACCUACUUUGAGAUGACAAGAUCUGCAGGAGAUGUUAUUGAUGCCUUUACCCUGAUUGACAUCUUCAAGUACGUGAUAUAUGGUGUAGCAGCUGCAUUCUUUGUAUAUGGCAUUCUGCUGAUGGUGGAGGGAUUCUUUACAACUGGUGCCAUCAAGGAUCUCUAUGGAGAUUUCAAAAUCACCACUUGUGGCAGAUGUGUGAGUGCCUGGUUUAUCAUGCUGACAUACAUCUUUAUGUUGGCCUGGCUUGGAGUUACAGCUUUCACUUCUCUGCCUGUUUACAUGUACUUCAACCUGUGGACCAUUUGCCGAAAUGCCACCGUAGUGGAUGGAGCUAAUCUGUGCUUGGAUCUUCGCCAGUAUGGCAUUGUAACUAUUGGAGAGGAAAAGAAGGUUUGCACUUCAUCAGAAAGUUUCAUCAAGAUGUGUGACUCUAAUGAGCUAAACAUGACAUUCCACUUGUUCAUUGUGGCACUUGCUGGAGCUGGAGCAGCAGUCAUUGCUAUGGUCCACUAUCUCAUGGUCUUGUCUGCCAACUGGGCCUAUGUGAAAGAUGCUUGCAGAAUGCAAAAAUAUGAGGAUAUUAAAUCAAAGGAGGAGCAAGAGCUGCAUGAUAUUCAUUCUACCCGCUCUAAAGAGCGGCUCAAUGCUUAUACAUAAAAGAAACCUUGUCUUACUUCCUAACAUGUGAAUGCUUUGUUGUUUAACUAAAGGCCAUCCUACCAUUUUAAAAACAAUUGAAAGUGCUUCUCACAAAAGAUAGUUUGGGUGACUUACAUAUCACCUACAUACAAUUCUUGGUUGUCUAGCACUUGGUUUCUUAAUUAGUUCUUACUUUGUGUGACCAUUCUAUGCCACAAAGCUCCUGAAUAGCCUUUCCUGAAUCCCUUUAAGCUAAUUAGUUCUGAUAGGUCAAGGAUACUAAACUAUUGUCAAAUACAACUAUGUGUUUGAUUUUUUUAAUCACUUUGUAUGUGUUAUGCAUAACACCUUUUGCAUUGUUUCUUAUAUGUUUUUGGAAAAAAAGGUAGCUUUUUAUACUUUUUAGUUUUGAGUUCAGUAACUACUUUAACUACAGGUAUACUUCAAAGGGACCAUUGUACAUGAUGUACAAUAUAUAACGAAAACAUUCUGAUGACUUUCCUUUAUAUAUGGAAAACCUGCCAGAGGGACCCUGAUCAACUUGAAUGAAGGUCCUAAGAACGUUUUAAACAAUCAAAGGUGCAAUUUCUAAAUUUGUAAUAGUGGGUAAAAAAAUAAAAAAAAAAA